AUGCUUGGAGUGCCGAUUCAUCCACUCUGGCACCCUUGGCAUGGGGAUGGUUGUUCACUCCUUGGCCUUGGAGAGGCCUCUUCCAUCCACAACCGGGCUUUUGGUGCUUUCUGUCCGCAGAGGAACGAAGUCCGUGUGCGCCGGCCCGCCGCCUUCUCCGUGGUGGUGGCCAUUGACUUUGGGACCACCUCCAGCGGCUACGCCUUCAGCUUCACCAGCGACCCAGAGGCCAUCCACAUGAUGAGGAAGUGGGAAGGGGGGGACCCUGGGGUGGCGCACCAGAAGACGCCCACCUGCCUGCUGCUGACCCCCGAGGGGUCCUUCCACAGCUUUGGCUACACGGCCAGGGACGCCUUCCACGACCUGGACCCCGAGGAGGCCCGAGAGUGGCUCUACUUCGAGAAGUUCAAGAUGAAGAUCCACAGCGCCAGCGACCUGACCAUGAAGACCGAACUGGAAGCCGUCAAUGGGAAAAAGGUGCAGGCGCUGGAAGUCUUUGCGCACGCCCUCCGCUUCUUCAAGCAGCAAGCCGUGCAGGAGCUGAGGGACCAGUGUCCAGCUUUGCCAGAGAGGGACGCCAUCCGGUGGGUCAUCACCGUCCCGGCCAUCUGGAAGCAGCCGGCCAAGCAGUUCAUGCGGGAGGCCGCCUAUUCGGCCGGCCUGGUUCCCCCGGAGAGCCCCGAGCAGCUGCUGAUUGCCUUGGAGCCCGAGGCGGCCUCCAUCUACUGCCGGAAGCUGCGCCUGAACCAGCUCAUGGACCUCAGCGAGGGGCCCCGGGGCCCCCACGGGCGGAGGAGCACCCACGACCUCCCCAUCGACUCCAGCUUCCGCCAGGGGGACCGCUACAUCGUGGCCGACUGUGGCGGAGGGACCGUGGACCUGACGGUGCACCAGAUCGAGCAGCCCCAGGGCACCCUCAAGGAGCUCUACAAGGCCUCCGGUGAGCAGGGACCCAUAGAGUGCCACUCCACCCCCGUCAUAGAAGGGACCCCCAAAGGCCAUCUAGUCCAACCACCUUCUGCCAUUCUGCAGGAAAAGCACCAUCAAAGCAUCCCGAUGCGUGGCCAUCCAGAGUCCUAGUGUUGGAAGGGACCCCCAAAGGCCAUCCAGUCCAACCCCCUUCUGCCAUCAGGCACAAUUCAAACCCUCCUCUCAGGUG